GUAUCCGAGAUCUUCGGUUUCUACGUUUCUUCUUCUUCGAUCUUUCGUAGCCUCUCUCUGUAUAAAUAACCAAGAUCCCUAAUUUUUCUUUCAAUUUCUCAACUACUUUUUCGUCUUCUGCAUAAUCUCAUCCUAAAAAAAUCAACGAGUUCGCAAUCAUAAUUUUUCAUUCAUCGGUCUGAAAAAUGGAAGGUGGAAAUCAUAACCCUAAUGAUUCUGACAAAGGAGUUUUCUCACAUUUAGCUCAUGGAUUAGCUCAAGGUGCUCAUGGUUAUCCACCGGGAGCAUAUCCUCCUCCUCCCGGAGCAUAUCCUCCACCACCCGGAGCGUACCCUCCACCUGGACAUGGCUACCCUCCACAUCAAGGUGGUUAUCCUCCAGCCGGUUAUCCUCCCGCUGGUUAUCCUCCAGCCGGUGGUUAUCCUCCUGCCGGUGGUUACGGUUAUCCACCUGCUGGUUAUCCUGGUUCACAUGGUCCACCACAUGCACCAGGGCCUUAUGGGCAUGCCGGGCAUAGUGGCGGUAUGGGUGCAAUGGGUGGAAUGGGAGGAUUGAUUGCUGGUGCAGCCGCUGCUUAUGGUGCUCACCGUGUUUCCCAUGGCCAUUAUGGACAUGGAGGAUAUGGUCACAUGGGCCAUGGAAAGUUCAAGCAUGGAAAAUUCGGCAAGCAUGGGAAAUUCAAGGGUGGAAAGUUUGGAAAGCAUGGCAUGUUCAGAAAGUGGAAGUAAUUCUAUCCAUCUAUGUAUAUACAAUCACGACCUUUGAAAGACACUGCUGCUGCUCAUUGCUUUUAUAAAUAAUCAUUCUGUAUAUUACUACCAUUUUCGUUUUAACCUGGAUAGGUUUAUCAUUUUAGAUGGAUUGUCUUUUUUUUCUUUUUGUAUCACAUCUAAAGUAAUAAUUGACCUCUUGGUCAUAGACAAUAUUGAGCUGGUGGAAUACAGUUUCUCCAUUUUGGAA